AGGCUAUAUAUAUAUAUAUAUGUCAUGUGUGUCCAAAACUCAUUUUCCCCAUUUUCAAUCAGUAGUUCCUCCUAUGGAAGUCUCUUAUCACUCAAUAAUAUCCAACAAUUUUCACUUCCUUCAUUCACCUCCUCUCCAUUCCUGGAAGAAGGAAGGAAAGUUAUAUCAAUUGGUAUCGCCGUAUGUGCAUCCACAAUUAACUGCUAGCCGUGGAAGUUACUCCUGUUGCUCGUCUUUUGGGCAAUCACUCUGGAGGAAUACAAAACUUUAUGCUCUCCCAGGCAGUACAACUUUUGGCACAAGUAGGCAAACAUGUGUCUCCCUUCACUCUUCCCCCCAACAAAAGAAGAAUAAUACUGGUUAUGGAAAUCAUAGCUUUUAUACACAACAUAGAUCAUUGAGACACAUUAUUGCUAGGUCCGAACUUACUAAUACCAGCUCAGCUGGUGCUGCUUAUCCACUGUCAGCACUGGAGUUGAGGUCAAAAGCAAGAGCGAUUUGCUUUUACGCUGUCACUGCUUUCUCUGCCAUCUUUUUGUUCGUGAUCAUGCUUGUGCAACAUCCUUUUGUGCUGUUGUUUGAUCGAUACCGUAGAAAGGCUCACCAUCUUGUCGCCAAGACAUGGGCAGCCUUGACCAUUACCCCAUUUUAUAAAGUAGAGUUCAAGGGCUUGGAGAAUCUUCCUUCCCCAGAUACUCCUGCAGUAUAUGUGUCCAACCAUCAGAGCUUUCUGGACAUAUAUACAUUACUUACUGUUGGGAGAAGCUUCAAGUUCAUCAGCAAGACCGCGAUUUUCCUAUUUCCUAUUAUUGGAUGGGCCAUGUAUCUGAUGGGUCUGAUUCCAUUAAGGCGAAUGGACAGCAGAAGUCAAUUGGAAUGUCUCAAGCGUUGCAUAGAUCUAGUCAAGAAGGGGGCAUCCGUCUUUUUCUUCCCCGAAGGUACUCGCAGUAAAGAUGGAAAGCUAGGCCCUUUCAAGAAAGGUGCCUUUAGUGUUGCUGCCAAAACCGGAGUGCCUGUGGUUCCAAUUACUAUUAGUGGAACAGGCAGAAUAAUGCCAGCUGGGCAGGAGGGUAGAGUAUAUCCAGGAUUUGUUAAGGUUGUCGUCCACAAGCCAUUAAAAGGUAAUGAUUCAGAUGUGCUAUGUAGUGAAGCCAGGAAUGUGAUAAAGGAUGUGCUCGUUCAUCAAGGCUGAGGAACCUAGUCGACAUGUACUUUCGUUUAUCUUUUUCACCUAAGCAUCGAAAGCAAGGAUUCAGGGAGUAUGUGCAUACAGAAAGAACUUGUCACACCGCGAGCAUUUUCAUUCACGCGAAAAGAAUCUGAACCUGGUUCUCUAUACUCCCUUGUGCCGGGAUGAAAUUUGUAUCGGUCAACUGAGGGAUCGAUUCAGAACUUGAAAGGUGAAUGUUGGUUUUGUCCUCUUUCGUUGGAAUAGGCCGCACAGGCUCUUCUCAAGUGUCAUUACAUCAGAAGGUUGUUGCCUUUCGCGCCAUUUCUCAAUUGUACAGAGCUGCAUCUGCUAAUAUUGUUCAUCUUCUGGGUAGGCGGUUGGUGUAGGGGCGCGGAGGGUUGAAACGUGUUUGAUACAGUGAUUUUUCUUUGUUCUGACUAUACGUUUACGAAACAAUGUGGUAGAAUGUACGCAAGUCUUAUCCCUAUCUUGAGGAGGUAGAGAGACUGUUUCCGAAAGAACACCUCAUUACAUGCAUUUCAUUCUCCUUAACCAAGGAACUCUAUAUGUCCACAUCUUUGAUAUCUAAUUAUUUUUAGAGCAAA